CUUCACAUCACACCACCUCGACACCACCACCAUGCUGCCGUUCGCGACGCUCCUCUUGAGGAGCUACUACGAGGCGAUAGGAUGGAACGAGGACAACCUGUAUUCGAACAUUACGCGGUCGAGCUCGGCGUUGAUCGACUUCCCAGUCCCCGACUCGCUCAUCCUGCAGCUUGCGAACGCACCCACGCCCAUCUUCUUCACCUCCUACGCCCUCGACGCGCUCCCGCAGCUCAACGGCUCGCUGUCGUACCUCACCACCUCGGAGCCGCUGUCCAACAUCGGCCCGUCGGCAAGCAUGCCCUUCGCGUCGGUGGUCGAGCGGUUCCGCGUCCCUGCUCCCCCCGUCCGACCACAGCCAAAGGACGAGAUCUGGCUCGGCGGACGGCAGAUCCAAGGCCGCGACUACCUGCUCUACUCGCGCCUUCACUUGCCGACGAUGCACCUCUCUGGCUUGGCGACGACGCGGCUGACCCCUACGCUCGCGGCGACUUGCGCGUUCGUGCACCAGCCGGCCACUGAGCGGCCGGUCAGCCCGUCGGCCGCAGCUGGCCGCGCCGCGGGUGAAGCUGCGCCCGUCCCUACGCGCGCCAAGCAGCCCGGCAACGUGCUGCUCAGCCUGCAGCACGACACGGGGCGAUACUCUGGCGAGUACACCUACUCUGCCGCCGACGGCAUGUUCGGCAUCCGCCAGCUGUACAACUUUGGCUGGGUGGGGGAUAGGGGCGAGACUCCGGUCGCCGAGGGCGCGGACGACGCGAGCAGGCGUAUCGACGAAGAGGAGAUGAUGGACGGCGGGCUGCGCGGGCGGUUCAGCCUCGGCGGCGAGGUGUACCUAUCGGUCAAGCAGCGCAGCGCGGGAUUGUCAACAGGAGUGCGGUUCACGACACUCCCUGGUUCGUCGUCGCCCAACACGCCGCCCUCGCCCCCGACAACAAUCACGGUGCUGUACAACCCGCUCAUUGGCUUCCUGUCAACAGCGUACGCUGCGCAGAUCGCGCCAACCGUCUCAGUGGCCACGCGCUUCGGCGUCAACGUGUACAGCUACGAGUCUGACUUUGCCAUCGGCGGCGAGUGGUGGAUCGGGCGGAGACGGGGCAAGCGCGGCCCCGAGGCCGAGGUCGAGCUGAGCGACGAGUUCAAGGCCGAGCUCGCCAAGCGCCAGCUGAUCGGCGGUGUUUUGCGCAACGCCGACGAGGACGCCGAGCCGCACGACAGCACGUUCAAGACCGAGCUCGCGCCGCUCGCGUCGCACAAGGCCCCGCCGCUCCAGCCCGGCGACAAGGACCGCGACGGCGUGCUCAAGGCCCGCCUGAGCGGCAACUGGUCCAUCGCGAUGCUGUACGAGUCGAGAAUACGCAACUGUCUCGUGAGCGUCGGGCUCAUAUCCGACAUUCUCAAUGGGAAUAGUAGGAAGGUUGUGCGGAGCGUCGGGCUCGAGGUGCAGUAUUACUCCCGUCAAGGCUUCACCUCCUCACACGGCCGGUUCCUCGCGAGUGGCGUGGACCGCGUCGAAACCUCCAAGCUCAAGCAGAUGUUCCUGCCGGCGAUGACCCCAGAGGCGAAGAAGCUCCUGCGCGACAAGCACUACUUUGUCAGCGCCCAGCUGCGGCACUACGGAGGGGAGGAUGCACAGGGGACUUUUGGCCAGGGGGCAAAUGUGCUUAAGAAGGCGCUUACGGCUGGCAAGUGUGACAAGGUGCCGGACCACAUUGUGGCUCUGGAGCGCCAGAUGCACGCCGAGUGGCUGGCGACACAGACCCUCGACGACCUCGCCAGUCAUCCACAGUGGGCGAUGGCCAAGUACUUCCUCGAUGCCACCGGCAAGCCCGACCGCGCCAAGACGACCGACGUCGUGGGGUUCCCGCUCCCAUGGGACAGCCAGUACCGCGUCAGUCAGCUCCGUGAGGCCGCGCAGCGCGUGCCAGGUCUGCACGAGGCGACCAGCAGAGGGCACUCGACGCAGACAGUGUUUAUUGGCUGGGACGAGCGCGCGGUCAAGAAUGCCGCGCAGGGGCAUGCCGCCGACGAAGCGGCGGAGGAGGCAGAAGAGGAGGAAAACCGCAACGCCGAGCGUGACGCCGAGCAUCAGGCGUAUCUCAAGAAGAGGAGCAAGGCCGACAAGGCCGCCGCCAGCCCCGUCGGGCAGUACAUGGUCGACUGCGAACGGAUCGAGACGGGCUGGAGCGUGUACAACCUGACGCUCUUGAUUGAGACGACCCGCUCGCCGGGUGUCUACAAGGCCACCUUCAACUUUGGCAUCAUGGAGGGCGUCAUGAUGCUUAGUGCGGACAAGGGCGCUCUCGUGCCGUACGAGGGCGACGACGAGGGGGAUUUCGGCGAGGACUACGAGGACAACGACGUCCCCGCGACAGGCUCCAAGCGCAAGGCCAACGGCGGUGGCGGCUCUGUUCCGGCUAAGACGCCCAAGACUUCUCCUGCAGACCACCCCACGACCCAGCUGUUCAUCGUCUGCAAGUCUAGCGACACUGGCACAGGGGAGAUCCAGCCCCAGGUCGAGCGGGGCACGAUGACCUUCAAGCGCGGCUAUGUGAGCUUCACGGGCCAGGUCGGCAUGCCAUGCGUCGGCAGCAAUGUCCCAUUCACCGCCCGCAAGAUCUCUGACAAGAACAUCAAGUCGCGCGACCAGUGGGACAAUUACUCGUGGGCCGCGUAUGAGCAUGCCUGUAAUUCACGCUGGUAGUGAGCCCGCCCGCAUUGGCCCAGCCAACC